AAGAUAAAAUUAAAAUCUUUAUAUAACCCAAAUAAGCUCUUUAUUAGUUGCGUGAAUAUUUCUAUUUUCUUGAAGCAUCCUCCAAUGGCUACCCCCAUCAAAAAUAAUAGCAGAUUAACUCUUGCCAUGGAGAGAACUGGGCAGGUUUUUUCGCAAGAUAUUCCUACUGAUGUUAUUGUUGAAGUAGGUGAGGCCAAUUUCUCUCUUCACAAGUUCAUGCUUAUAGCAAAGAGCAACUACAUAAGAAAACUUAUUAUUGAAUCAAAAGAAGCUGAUUUGGCAAGAAUAAACCUCUCCGAUAUCCCUGGAGGACCCGAAAUUUUCGAAAAAGCUGCGAAAUUCUGUUAUGGAGUAAAUUUUGAGAUCACUGUACACAACGUGGCUGCCCUCAGAUGUGCUGCUGAGUAUCUACAGAUGACUGAUAUGUAUUGUGACAAUAAUCUCUGUAGUCGGACCGAGGAUUUCCUCUCUCAAGUGGCAUUAAGCAGCCUUUCAGGUGCCGUCGUCGUGCUGAAAUCUUGUGAAGAUCUACUUCCAAUGGCUGAAGACCUCAAAAUUGUUCAAAAAUGUGUCGAUGUUGCAAGCGCCAAGGCUUGUGUUGAGGCAAAUUUUCCAAGCCGUUCGCCGCCUAACUGGUGGACCGAAGAGCUAACAAUCUUGGAUGUAAGCUUCUUCGAAAAGAUCAUUACAUCGAUGAAAUCAAGAGGUGCAAAGGCCUUGACAAUAGCUAGUGCUAUAAUCACAUACGCAGAGAGAUCGCUUCGUGAUCUUGUGCGCGACCACUCUGGGAAAGGAAUAAAAUCAUUAGAUUCCGGGGAAUCUGAUAUCAGAAUCCAACAACGGGAACUUCUCGAAUCUAUAGUCGCUCUUUUGCCCCCCGAAAAGGCUGCCUUCCCCAUAAACUUCCUCUGCUGUCUCCUAAGGACUGCUAUUUUCUUGAGGGCAACAAAUAGUUGCAAGCAAGAACUAGAAAAGAGAAUUUCAGUGAUUUUAGAGCAUGUGACAGUGGAUGAUCUUCUGGUUCUAUCGUUCUCGUAUGAUGGCGAGCGCCUGUUUGAUCUUGAGAGCGUUAGAAGGAUCAUAUCUGGUUUUGUGGAGAAAGAGAAGAACGUGGCUGUCUUCAAUGGAGGCGAUUUUAAAGAAGUGUGUUCCACAGCUAUGCAGAGAGUUGCCAAGACAGUUGAUGCAUACCUUGGAGAGAUUGCUACUUACGUUGAUCUGAGUAUUUCUAAGUUUAACGGGAUCGCCAAUUUAGUGCCUAAAGGCGCUAGAAAGGUCGAUGAUGAUCUUUACCGGGCUAUCGACAUCUACUUGAAGGCUCAUCCAAAUUUAGAUGAAAUCGAGCGCGAGAAGGUCUGCAGCGUGAUGGAUCCACUCAAACUCUCCUACGAAGCCAGGGUUCAUGCUUCGCAGAACAAACGAUUGCCUGUACAGAUAGUUCUUCACGCUCUGUAUUACGAUCAACUGAAGCUAAGAAGUGGCACAGACGAACAAAAUUCGAAUGCCAUGACGACAAGAAAUCAGUUACAGGCAGAUGUAUCCCUGGUGAAAGAGAACGAAGCGCUAAGAACCGAGCUAUUGAAGAUGAAAAUGUAUGUACAAGAUUUGCAGAAAAAUCAAGGGACAUCGUCAAAAGGGAGUGCAAAGAAGCCAACAUUCUUUUCUUCUAUGUCGAAAACCUUGGGAAAAUUGAAUCCAUUUAAGCAUGGAUCGAAGGAUACCUCAAACAUGGAUGAUGGAAUGCCAGAUUUAACCAAGCCUAGAAGGAGAAGGUUCUCCAUAUCCUAAAUUCAGGGAUUAAUUUAUUUAGUUCUUGGGUGUGGAAAUUGUGUAGAAAUUUGACGCUGUGUGUAUGUAUAUAAUUUUUUUUUUU